AUGGACAAGAACUCUCCGCCAGAGGUUCCCGCCGGCUGGGCAGCUCGGUGGAACGAUCAGUACAACACCUGGUUCUACGUUAAUCUCACCACCAAGCAGUCGCAAUGGGAGCUUCCGACGGGCCCCAGUCCCGCCCCCGCGCCUGCGACCCCGAAUCCAGCACCAACUCCGGCUCCAGCUCCAGUCCCAGCGCAGACACCGACUCCUGGGCCUGGCGCUCCGUCAGAUCUGCCUGCUGGGUGGGUUUCACGCUGGAACGAUCAGUACAAGACUGAGUUCUACGUCAACACCGUUACCAAGCAGUCGCAAUGGGAACGCCCAACCGUACCUGCGACGCCGGUCGCUGCCGCACCUCACCCAGCUGCUGCCACGCCCCCAGUUGCUGCCACUCCUCCCGUCGCAGCUACGUCGCCGUUUGCUGCCGCCCAUACCCAGGCCGACCCCAACCAGGGUAUGCCGAAUAUCGGGUCUCUGAAUAUCUCCCAGCAGAGCUCUCCACAGCCUCAGAGUGCCCCCGCGGUCCCUGGGGCACCAGAAGUGCCUGCCGGGUGGGCUGCUCGUUUCAACGACCAGUAUCAGACCUGGUUUUUCGUGAAUCUGUAUACUAAGAAAUCUCAAUGGGACAAGCCUACGGCUCCCGCAACGCCGGCCAGCGAGGCCCAGAGCAUUCACACACCACAGCAGCAGCCUGCUCAUAUUGCUCCCCAACCUGCUCCUCAACCUGCUCCUCAGCCUACGCCCCAGCCUGCGCCUCAACCUACCCCCCAACCUGUCCAACCCACUCCCCAGCCUGUUCAGCCUACUCCACCUGCGGCAAACAACCCACCUGGUGCACCGGAGGUUCCUGCGGGAUGGGCAGUUCGGUUCAACGACCAGUAUAAGACCUGGUUCUUCGUGAACACAUUCACCAAGAAGUCUCAGUGGGAAAAGCCAACGGCCCCGGCAACGCCCGCCAGUGAGAGCCAGAGCCUUCAUACUCCUCAGCAUUCUAUUAGCUCUGCCUCCCGCCCUACCUCUCCCUCGGUGAACAAUCCUGUCGGUGCUCCAGAAGUCCCCGAGGGAUGGGCAGCUCGAUUCAAUGAACAGUACAAGACAUGGUUCUAUGUGAACACCUUUACAAAGAAGUCUCAGUGGGACAAACCAACUGUUCCUGCCACCCCUGGCCCAGAUUCUCAGCAAUUUGGCAGCCCAGGUGCUGGUCAGCCUCAACAAGCUCAAUUCCAACCUCAACCUCAGCCUCAGCCCCAGCCUCAGUCUCAACCCCAGACUCCAUUCCAGCACCAACCUCAACCACAACAACAUCAGUCUCCAGUAACCCAGAGCCCUCAAAUCCAACACCAGCCUCAACCACAGGUCCAAGCCCAAUCCCCAUUUCAACCCCAGGGUCAGGCCCAAUCCCCAUUCCAACCCCAACCUCAACCCACUCCCCCAGCACCAACUCAGCCUGGUGCGCCUGAAGUGCCUGAGGGAUGGGCGGCUCGGUUCAAUGCCCAGUAUCAGACUUGGUUUUAUGUCAACCUUGCCACUAAGCAGUCCCAGUGGGAUAAGCCAACAGCGCCAGCAACUCCUGGUCCUGGAGCCCAACCUGGAGUUGCCCCUGGCGUCGUACACCAGCAGCAGCCUCAACAACCUCAGCAGUUCCAGCAAUCCCCACAACCUCAGCAGUCUCAGCAACCCCAACAGUUCCAGCAACCUCAGUCACCUCAACAGCCUCAGCAACCUCAGCAACCACAACAGUUCCAGCAACCUCAGCAACCCCAGCAGCCCCAGCAGCCCGGCGCUCCUCAAGUUCCUGAGGGAUGGGCAGCUAGGUUCAAUGACCAGUAUCAAACUUGGUAA